AUGGCCAUCAAUGGUGUCAAGCAGAAGGAGUUGUUCCGCAAGAGUAUGCGCGACGAGACGUUCCGCAAGAACUACAUCUCUUCGGUGGACACAGCGGUCACCAAACUGUUGGAAGGGGUGAGACCUAAGAGGACGAGAGGCAAAGCCAAGUGCAGCCAAUCGUCACAAAUGGCGGAACUGCGGGACGGGAGGGUCGACCUCACAUCACCCGACUCUAUACUGGUCCACACCAACCUCAGGGCACUCCUCAACCGUCACACCUUCAUGUCUUUGCCGCUCUACUAUCAGUACAAAUUGGUUCAGUUGUUGCCUAAGUUUGAUCAGGUGGUGACCCCCGAUGGUUGGAUCAAACCCUCCUCGUCCGCCCUCAGCAACGAGUUCUUCGCCAAAUCGUGUCAGUCAUGGCUCGAGAGACUGUCCGACUCUAAGCUGACGCAGGAGUCGAUCCAAAGGAGGAAAGUGGACGUCGAGAAGGAGAAGAGCAAAUUGGAUCCGUUCAAAGUCAAGAACUUUGAGCCCAUUUGGGGACAACCGCUCGAAUCCCAGCGCGAUAUCACCAAUGAGUUCGACCGCAUCCCCAAAGCCAAGACAUCCCAUGUCUGUCAGUCACGUCAGUCAACGCAUAAAUCCGUCCGAAAGUCUCGCAUUAAAGAGCGCAUCAAAACCAAAGUAAUUAAAGUACAGUUGCCUUCAGCUAUGAGUGACUCUCACCCGCUGUCACCACAACACCAGAACGACCCCCAAAUGGUGUCCCAAAGCUUUUCAGACAAUUCCACGAAUUGUAUUCAAACAACGGAAACACCAGUGACUCCAAUGACUGCAAUCCAUACUGAAGACCUCGAGCGCACCAAACCUGUGGUGGCGUCGACUCAAUCGUCUCAAGAGAUUAACUCUUCUUCUUGUGCGACAAUAACCACACCGACGAGUGUUAUUGUGUCGUCAUCUCAACUGUUGAAUGCAUCCAAUCAGACACUCACUCCCAGAAUAAUAGCCCCAAAAACCAAAGUAAUUAAAGUACAGUUGCCUUCCUCUGUAAGUGAGACUCACUCACUAUCACCCAUACACUUGACUGAACCACAAGUGGUGUCCCAAAGCUCUGCAGAUAUUUCCACGAAUUGUUUUAAGACAAGUGAAGCGCAAUUGACUUCAAUUAACACCGAAGAUCUCCAACGCCUCAAAGCUGUGGUGGCGUCCACUCCUUCGCCACAAGCAAUGAGUUCCCCAUCGAUGACAAUAACCACAUCGACGAGUGUUAUUGUGUCGUCAUCUCAACUGUUGAACGCAUCCAAUCAGACGCUCACUCCUAGAAUAAUAGCCCCAAAAACAAACUCAAGUCAAGUGAAUAACUCUCAGCAAACACUAUAUGUUCCUCUGUCUCGAGAAGUGGCAGUUAUUACAGGCCCUCCACAACAGUCUCAUCCGAGUGGUGACCAUCUCAUGAGAGACCACCAGCGCAUACAAAGUCCGCCCCAAUCGACACAAACGAUACUUCGGUUGCCGUGUAAACUGCCCACUGGUCUCACCAUUUUGCCCAUCAAUGAGGUGCCCGUCAUAACCACUUCCAACACAAACCUAUCGCCGCAGUCAACGGCCGGCGCACAGCUGUCGCCCUCGUCUUCAGUUUGGAUCCUUCCGGUCUCGUCAGCGACUGAAACGAAUUUAGUGACGUGUAAUUCAGUGGCCAACCAUUCAGUGCCACAUGUCAUCAGAAUGCCCAUCACUAUGACUAAUAACUCGCAUUCAAAUCAAAACCAUUCGACAAAUAAUAUCAUAAAUCUGUGCGGAGAGACACGACUGCCCUCUCAGAUCACUGUUAUUCCCAUCAGUUCGGCACCUCUGGAGGCAACGGUACCCAGAAAAAAUGUGGAGCUUUUUGUCAUUCCGAUUGUAUCGGACCCUCAAAACUAUGUGUUGAAUGUCUCGUCCGUUAAGACAUUCUUGCGAUCGAUUGACGAGUCAUUGAUUUUGUUUAAAACCAAAUAUAUGUCUAAACAUUAA